AUGAACACCUCUGCCUUGCUCCAAGCGGCGUUGCUUUUCAACCCGUGGUUCGGCUUCGCCUCGGCCUCGGCCAGCUGCAGCAGCGAUGGCUUCUCCAACCCCGUCAUCGGCCCCUCGACCGGCGGUGGCUCGACUUGCAUUUCUGGCGACGUCGCGAUAUCCAUCAACACCGCCGGCACCAAGCUGCUCUACGAGGCACCUACAGAUGCAAGGGCCGUCACGGGGUCCCUCGUCGAGCUGCUCCAGUCGGACCCGUCGUGGAUUUCCGACGUCGUCGCGGGGGGCCCCAGCGUCAUAUCCGGCCGCCAUCACAUCUUCGUCAAGCUCUGCCUGCCCAAGGACGCUGCCCGGCUGGCCAAGGUCAAGACGGUGCAGCUGCUGACCCACGGCGCCACGCUCGACCACAGUUACUGGGACAUUGCGCCGGGCUACAGCUACGUCGACGCCGCCUCUGCAGCAGGCUACGCGACGCUCUCCUACGACCAGCUGGGCGUGGGCCUGUCCGACCACCCGGACCCCAUCCAGGCCGUGCAGGCAACUUCGCAGGUCGCCGUCACGCACGAGCUGGUUCGUCUGCUGCGGGAGGCCAAGCUCGGCGGCCACCGCUUCGACACGGUCGUGGGCGUCGGCCACAGCGCAGGCAGCACGCUGACCCAGGGCAUCACCACGCAGCACCCAGAGGACCUGGACGCCGUCAUCCUGUCCGGCACCAGCGCCAGCGCGGCCUCGGUGGCCCUGACCGUCGCGGCCUUCAACCUGGUCAACGCAAACUCAGACCCGGCGCCGCAGUUCAGAGGCUUGCCCGCGGGCUUCCUGACGCAGCAGUCGGCGGCCGGCAUCCAGUUUGCCUUUUACCGGUACCCAAACUACGACGAGCACGUCUUCGAGAAACAGGUCGCCAGCAAGUCAACGAACACGCUGGGAGUCCUACUCACGCUGGGGGGCAUCGUUGCGCCGUCGACAAACUUCACCGGGCCGGUUCUGCUCGUCAACGGCCAGCACGAUCUCGUCUUCUGCGGCGGCAACUGUCUCGUCCCAACGGAUCAGAAUGCCUUGACCAUGUCGACGUUCUAUCCGGCGGCGGCCAAGGGAAGCCAGACGUAUAUCGCGGAGGGUGCUGGGCAUGCUAUUGCCGCCCAUAAGAGUGGGCCGGAUAGCUUCAACAAGAUGAUUCGAUUCUUGCAAGCAAACAGGCUGUGA